AUGACUUCCGAGGUGCCAGGUUAUAAGGUCUCUAGUUUGGAGGACGUCUCUUUGCCGAAGAAUACGGCCGAAGUAAACACAGAUCGACAGUCAUCAACAGAGCCUUCACUUCACACAAUAGAUCAAAGUCUGAUAGAUUCCAUUCUCACAAAAGUACGUUCGACGUGGACAACAAUAAAUUCGGAACUCAAUGAGAUCGGCGUUAAGGAGGGUGAGAGGAAGAAGAAGCAAAUGUGCUUGCUCACUGGUCUAUAUGAUAAGUUGAAUGAAAUAUCAGAGACGGUAAGGAAUGAAAAAACCGUGUUGAAAAACAAUUGUGUUUCAUUGCAGAAACAAAUAUUCAAAAUAUUGAGGAUAUUCUCGAAGAGCGGCUAUAGAACAAGCGUUAGAAGAAGCCCCAGUGAUGAAUCUUCAGAGAUAUCUGAUGAAACUUAUACAGAGAUCAAUCAAAUCUUCACUAAUGAGGAUGAGUUCAACGAUAUAAUGAAAGCGAUUCCUGACAAAUAUACCAAAGAAUAUAUUGUACAAAAGAUAUUGCCACCAUACAAUGAAUGUCUUUCGUACCUCACAUUGGUUGCAAAAUUGCUAGCAAAGGAAUAUUUUUCAAGACUUUUGAAAUUUUUGAGAAUAGUUAUGCUCCUUAAGGAGUACGCUGAUGAAAUCGAUUUUUAUUGUGAAAAUAGACCAGGGGUGGAUCAAUCAUCGAUAAAGUUUUUUGAGUCUUUACCAACAAUUGAGCAAUGUAAAGUGUGCGUUCGUGAAUUAGAAAAGGUUUCUGGGAGUGAAUCCAAUAUUGACAUGAUUUAUAAAGUUGUGACUGCAAUAGUGAAAGCAAAUAACUUCAAUAACUUAUCAAAGACAUAUUUAAAUAGAAUCCAAUAUCAGGUCGAAUUGGUUGAGAUUGAAAAGGAAAGAAUUUUUGAAAUAGCCAUUGAAUGUGCCAAUAACAUCAUGGAAUUAUGGAGAACGCUAUACAAUUUAGACGAGGGCAGCGAGGACAACUUUGAUAGAAAAAUUAUCAAAUGCUCGGAAGGUGAUACAACUGAAAUUGGAUUAAAACUCUCAAGCUUAAGCUAUUUGAAUGAAACAUAUAAUAAUUUACUCAAAGAGAAACAGCAAAGAAAGAAAGAUCUUCAAUCAUGUUUAGAUGAAUGUCAUGCGUUGUUUGAAAUAUUGAAGGAAAAUCCAGAGAUCGUUGAAGAAUUUGACCAUAAAUAUGACAUUGAAAACGAUUUAUCUUCAAGGCAACUUCAAGCACUCAAGUUAGAAGUUGAGAAACUCAAAGAGAAGAAGAAGUACUACAUGAAAGAUAUUAUUGAUUUCGUGAAAGUAGAUAUCGAAAAAAUAUGGCAAAAUUUAUAUUUUACGGAAGAAGAGAAACUGAAGAUGCAAUUCUAUUAUUCAGAUGAGUAUACCGAUGAGGCGUUAGAUUAUUUGGAAAGCAGGCUAUCAGAUCUACAAAAGUUGACGGCAAAUUUCACACCAAUGUACGAUAGAAUCGGCCAGUUCAAUGUGUUGUUGUCGGACAAGAGGGAAUUGGAUGAGGCUUCGAAGAAUCCUUCGCGAUUAUUGGCAAGAAAUUCUGGAUUACUUCUUUUACAAGAGGAAAAGAAGAGAAAAGCUCUUAAAAGACGGUUUCCUAAAGUUUGUUCGGAGCUUGAAAAUUUCUUGAUGGAAUAUGACAAUGCUACUAAAGAUAAAAUAAAGAAUUCGGAUUAUUACGAAUUACUUAACAAAGUGCGGGAAGAGGCAGAGUCUUUAAAUGGAAAGAAAAUUAUUGAUUAUAACUCUAAAAGACAGUCACCAUCAAGGACAUCACCAGUUAGACUUUCCCCAGUAAGGGAUGAGAAAUUGCAGACGAGAAAGGUUUCUCCAUCAAGGAUGUUGAAAAAAAUUUCGCCUACAAAACCUGAACUCAGACCUUCGCCAAAUAGAUUGCUCACGAAAUCCUCGCCAAUUAGAUUUCACGCAAAGUCUUCACCAAAUAGAUUGCAACAGAGGUCGUCGCCAAAUAAGCAAUCUCCACUCAAAUUUGGAUAUAAAAAAAUAUCACCAAGGAAGAUGACACCUAAAAAGUUCUCACCAAUGAAAUUAUCUCCAUCAAAAUUUAAUUCCUUACGAUCACCAAACAGUAAAAAACCACUAAAUUACGCGAUUUCUGUGCCAAUAUCCAUUUCCGGAGCUAAGAAUAUAAUAAAAAAACAAACAAUAUCCCCCCAAAAUUUCAAAAAAUCAGAAAUGUCCUCCUUGCCAGAAAAUGGAUUGAUUGAGAAACCAAAGUUUGAAAAUUACAUCCAACAGAAUGGCAGAAGCCCCAUGCAGAGAAUGUCACCAAACAGAAAUUUUGUUCCUUCAGUAAGGUACAAUGUUCCACUAAAUUCAAUUAAGAUAACUAAGCCACCAAAGAAGAAAAGAAAGUCGCUUGCAUUAAGUCAGGAACCCGAUAAUAUAUUCUUUAUGGACCCGAACAAGGAAAAUUUACCACUUGGAACUGAUGAUGAUAUGGAAAUAGAUUUUGCUAAAUUGAAAGAAGCAGAAUCCUUUGGUCCAAUUGAUUAUAAAGAAUUGGAAAGGCCAGCGGAAGAUAUCAAAGAGAAAGUGAAGUCAAGAACUAAUAUAUUGCGCGACACUGCAGUAUAUGAUACCCUGGGUGAUGAUAGUAUGUAUCGAGAUUGGAGAAGCACAAGACUACUAAAUUUGAGAAGCAAUUUGAAUGAAGAGAUCUUACUAGACAGUCCAUAG